CAAUCAUUAAACCCUAAAUCCUCAAAUUCCCUUCAAUCUCAAUUAACAGAACAAUCUCUCUAUUUCCCCAAUCAAAUCAUUCAGUAUUCCCUUCUCUUCUCACAGUAUUCUUCUAAAAAAAGCAUUAAAAGUUACAAUGGAGACUCCACUGCCUACAAGAAGGAUAACAAGAUCACAAGCUUCGAUUUUAGCCGUCAAGAAUCACAACGGGUUAAAGAAUGAAGAAUCCAACAAUGGUGUCAUGAAAUCAAGACAGAAAAAGAAUCAAGAAAAAGAAAAAUCAGCAUUGAUUGAUAUAACAAAUGGGUCACCUAUUGUUGGGCUUGCAAUGGGUAGUUUAAGGACUCCAUCAUCCAGGUGUUUGAAGAAACGAAUGGUGGUUUCGAAUAGCGAAUUGAAGAGUGUUAUGAUGACUCCGGGCUCUGGUGAGUCUUUGUUGAGGGGUCAGGUGAAGACCCUCUUGCAGAAAGUGGAAGAAGAAAGUUUAGCUUCAAAUACUUGUUUUGAUCAUAAUGUUUGGUGCCGUAAUCCCACUAAUACCCCUCAAGUUUUCGGCUUUUCGAAUAGUAUUGUCUCUCCUGUUGAUGGAAAUUACAGUUUUAAUCAGAUGCUUGAUGAGGUAAUUGCUGUACCGAAUCAAGAAGACAAGGCUGAAAAUGUUGAGAAGAAUGUGAUAACGAGGUCGUUGUUUUCGGAUUUUUCGGAGAAGUCCCAUGAUUCUGAUGCAUCCGAGUGUAAGUCUCUUAUGACAAGCCAAGAUUCGAAUGAAUCGCAGUGGUCGGUUCAGGUAAAUGCGAGCACGAGUGAUGAGUGUAAAGAGUAUGAAGAUGUGGUGGUGGAUGAGUUGUGUGAAGGGAUGAGUAAGAUGAGUGUCAACAAGGGUGUUAAGUUCACCGGGAAACAUAUACGGUUUGUUUACAACAGCGAUGGGGAAAUCGAAGGAGAGGUGUUAUCAGCGUCAACGACGGUGGAUACGCGAAUGGAAUCGUUUGAAGUUUGCAGUGGAAUUUGAAGAAGAAGAAGAAAGGGGGGUUUGAAUGUUUUGAACUUGUAUAAUAAGAUGUUGAUUGUUUUUGGUCGUCUUUACUUGUGACACCAAUGAUUUUUGAGGUUUUUAAGUUGUGAAUUGUGUUUGGUUUUUUGGAGGUUUUUAAGAUGUGAAUUCUUGUUGGGUCA